CAGGCAGUUCAAGCUGCUUUGGCACAUCUCGCUGUGGUCUGCAAGAUGAGAAAGUCAAUGCUCUUCCUUGGCUUUCUUCUUGUUUUCCUUAGCCUGGCUCUGCCAGGCACCCAGGGAAAAAUAAUUCCCAGAUGUGAGAUGGUGAAGAUCCUACGUCGGAAUGGCUUUCAGGGCUUUGAGGGCACUACUGUUGCUGACUGGAUGUGCCUGGUGAAAUAUGAGAGUGGCUACAACACAAAAGCAUACAAUAACAAUGGUCCAAGCAGGGACUAUGGCAUCUUCCAGAUCAACAGCAAGUACUGGUGCAAUGAUGGCAGGACCCCUGGCUCCAAGAAUGCCUGCCACAUCAGUUGCUCAAAACUGCAAGAUGAUAAUAUUGAGGAUGACAUUCAGUGUGCCAAGAAGAUUGCCCGGGAGGCUCAUGGCCUCAGCCCCUGGUAUGGCUGGAAAAACCAUUGCCGGGGCAGAGACCUGAGUUCCUUUGUCAGGGGUUGCUAAAUCGCUGCACAGGUGUUGAUUGUUUCCUCGGGACCACCAGAGAUGGAGAAUGACAACGUUUGGAGAGGAGGCCAGGGAAAUGCAUGGGUGUGGGGAAUUAAAAGCAGUAUUUUAUUAAGAUAGAGUGGGUACUGGCUAGUGCUAACUCUGAAGGCCUUCAGUCUGAUGCAAUGCAAACAGAGAACUUACAGUUCACAGCUUAAUAAAAACAGGUGUUGCAACAAGCCA